AUGGGAGGAAAUAAAAAAAAUGGAAAUAAAAAGAAAAAAAAAGAACAGGAAGAAAAAGAUGUUUUAACAGAGGUCGAUAGAGAAUAUUACGAAAUACAAUUGAACGAUUUAAAUAGGAAAUUGAACAGGUUAAAAUCAAAAUGUGAAGAUUUGGAAACGUUAAAUUUACAACUGGAAGAAAAUAUAAAAAUAUUAGACGAAGAUAGAUCGGACAUAAUUGCUUUUUUAAAAAAAAACCUGAUAUCGAAAACAAACGAAUUAUCAGAACUGCAGGAAAGAUUUGACGGUUUGAAACAGUCGAUGGAAUCUGGCGUUGUCAGUUACAAAGAGAAAAUAACAAAUAUGGAGCAAGAGUAUAAAAACAUGCAAAACGAAUUGACAUCUGAAAUAAAAUUAUUAAUGGGUAAAUUAAAUUCGUUGGAAGAAUUUAGAACGCAAAAAGAAGAAUUAACGAGUAAAUUUUUACAACAGGAAAAAAAAAUGAGGGAACAAGAAGAAAAACAUAAGAAAAAUUUAUACGAAAAUGAAAAAAAAUUCAUAUUGGAAAAAAACAAAUUGAAAAAAGAAAUGGAAACGAGAUUAUUAAAAUUAUCAUUGGAAUUUCAAAAAGCAACGGAUUUAAGAAUGGCGUCGACAACUCAUAAAAUGAUACGUGAAAAUAUUGCGGUGAAUAACGAGUUGACAACCAUGCAAGAAUCACAAAUAGAAAUGAUAAAAGAAAAUGAAAAAAUGAAAAAAUUAAUACAGGAAAUUAAAAUUAACGGUCAAUUAGUUGAAGAGGAAAAAAAUAUGGUGUUGAAAAAAAAUUUAACACUCAUCAAGGUCAUCGAAGAUCUCAUUAAAAAACGCGAAGAAGACGAGGAAAAAAUUAAAAAAUAUUACAAAAUGGAAAAAUAUUGUCAAACCCUUAAAAAUAAAUUAAACGAAACGGAUGAUAAAUUAAAAGAAGCCAAUGGAGAAAUAAAAAAACUCAGCGAAAGAUUGUCAACGGGUCAAACGAAUGCUGCUAAAUUAUAUGCCGACAUAGCCGCGUUGAAAUUAAAUUCGAGACGUUUGUACGGUAUCCUGCACAGAGCCGUUAAUGCCGUUAAAGAUGCGUUGAGAAUACACGAAACCCCCGAAGAAUCCGAAGAGAUAAUACUUAGCAAACGUCUCGCAUUGUUAAAUAAUCUUUUGCAGAUUUUAAAUAGAGCGGAAAUGUCUGAAAAAGAACGUUACCUGUAA